AUGGCCUCGUCAACCGCCCGCAAUGGAUCACCAGGGCGCGGGAGGUCCACCAGCCCGCGCUCGCCGCGGUACUCGCAGGCCUUUGACGACAACGACGAGGGCAGCUAUUUAGACUCCCUCCCAGAUACCCGCCAUCUGCAAGCUUUUGGCAAAAAAGUGACUGCGACCGCUGGCAGCUUGAUAGGCGCCGAAGGAGUCACCCAACACUACCAGAACGCCAUCGGGGAGCUCCACCGUGAGCUGAAGCGCCCACUGAUGCAGCGAUCCGUCUUUUCCUUCGCCCAGACCACCCCCCGCGAGAUCGUGCGCUCGCGAAUCUCCGUCCCCGAGAUCCAGCAACGAGCACUGGCCUACAUCCCGAACGACCUCUUGUCCAACAUUCCCGAGGACAACAGCGAGUUUUCCCUCUUCCAGGGCUUCGAGGCCUCAUUGCCUGAUAAGCCUGACAGCCAUGCGAAGAAACAUGGAAGGCACAAUGCGAGGGGCCAGAGGCUGAUAGGUGGCGGGGAAGACGAGGAUGAUCCCAACGUGCCGCCGUCGAUGCAAAAGCUGAGGAAGCAGAGGCAUGCCAUGGGCCACCGAUUAGAGAUGAUGGGCGUGCGGAAACACAUGUGUGUGGCGGAAAUACACGAAAUCGACAACAAGAUCGCAAACCUCAACACAAUGCGCAAGAUGGUGCUCGACCGUUUGGCGGGGCUCGAACUCGAAGAGGGGGAGCUUGAGCAGGACCUGCUGACCGUGGACAACCGUAUCGAGGACCUGCAAGAAGAGCUGGACGACGAAGCCGCAUUGGCGCCCAAGACCGCAGAGUCGCAAACAAGCGAAGAGCAGUCAGAAGGCAAGGGCGACUUCAUGUCCGAGUCGAUAUACCAGAAGAUACCACAAUCGCCAAAGACGAAGAACAAAGCGAAGCGGCUUUCAAAGCGGAUGUCGAUGCCCGUGCUACACGAGCACCUACAAUCAGGAUCCAAGAUCAAGGAAUUGCCAGCGCAUAUGGAUGCCAUUACCGCUAUGGACUUUGACGCGCCAUGGGGCAUGAUGGUUACCGCAUCCUUGGACGAUACCGUACGAGUAUGGGAUCUGAGCGCCGGACGGUGCAUCGGAAUGCUCGAGGGCCAUCUCUCUUCCGUGCGCUGCCUACAGGUCGAAGAGAACAUCGUUGCGACUGGCUCAAUGGACGCUUCAAUAAAGCUAUGGGACUUGAGCAAGGCUGAAUACGCACCUAUGGACAACCGGAUAAACAAGCACGAUGAAGAAAGCGAUGAUGGUUUGGCAUUUGAAAACUCGGAAGACGCGCCACCAGCGCCCCCAUCGACCAGCAUGCAAGACUGCCCUCUGUUCUCUCUCGAAUCGCACGUUGACGAAGUCACGGCGCUGCAUUUCCGCGGCGACACUCUAGUUUCUGGUUCAGCAGACAAGACACUACGACAGUGGGAUCUGGUCAAGGGACGAUGCGUGCAGACGCUUGAUGUCCUCUGGGCCGCCGCUCAAGCAACAGCUACGAACACCUCCCAAAGCACAUGGCGACAGACGGGGCGCUCCGCCGACUCCUCUGCUGACUUUGUAGGCGCUAUCCAAGUCUUCGAUGCCGCACUCGCUUGCGGUACAGCAGACGGUAUGGUACGUCUAUGGGAUCUGCGUAGCGGACAAGUACACCGAAGUCUCGUCGGCCACACAGGCCCCGUCACAGCUCUGCAGUUCGACGAUGUGCACCUCGUAACCGGUAGUGCCGACAGGAGUAUACGCAUCUGGGAUCUUCGAACCGGCGCCAUUGCCGACGCCUACGCUUACGACCACCCCAUUACCAGCAUGAUGUUCGACUCACGCCGCAUCGUGUCUGCAGCGGGCGAAGACGUAGUCAAGGUUUACGAUAAGACGGAUGGAAGGCAUUGGAGCUGUGGACCUGGCGCCGACGAGAACGACGAGACCAAGUACUCCAUCAUUGAGCAUGUCAGGAUAAAGGAUGGCUAUCUCGUUGAAGGACGUAGAGAUGGUACUGUUGGUGUAUGGUCGUGUUAG